UGUAAAACACGGAGCACAGUGCCUGGCCCUUUAUGACUAUUCAGUGGGUUAGCUAUUGUUCUUAUUGCUUUGAUAAUGAAGUGAACAUUAAUACAAGAGAAACAAUAUUAUCCUCAGAAUCUCUGUGUGUAGGGUUUCAAUGUUGCUAAUUAGAGUUGUUAUUCUCUACUGUGCAGAGAGCGCAUAUCUUAGAGCUUAUAAUUCUUCUCUUCAAGUAAAUACUCAUUAGGAAAAUAAUAUGUUUUUUUUUCACAUAUCCUUUGCAGAGCUAUUUAAAUGAAAAAAAAAUCUAGAUACUUUUUAUAGCUAUAGGAUUUUAUCUCUGAAUGAUAGGUAAAGGGAAUGCUUGGUUAAUGACGUUACCUACAUAACUCUGUUGUCCAGCCAUAUUCUAACCACUCCUUAUAUUGAAGAGCAAACUCAUCAGUAACCUCCAAAUGGGAGUAAAAUACAGAAGCAGAGAAGUCGUUGAUUCUUCCGUAACAUAGGAUCACAAGACCUGACUUUUCCCCAUCUGUUGGCACCGUUGUAAAGAUUAUGAAAACAUGAGCGUUUGCAAGAGAUGAUCCUAUGCCAGGAAAGGCAGAUAGAACAUUAGGAAAGAAAUGACCAAAAUUGCACGAGGCCAUGUAUUUUAUAUGGUAACAUCCUUUCUUUCAUUAACAGGAAAUUUUAGUGCAAUCCGCUUGCUUAGUAGGAGUGGGAAGGGUGAAUGGAAAUUUAAAAAGGAUUCAUCCAGCCUUCCUAAUAAUAAAGUAAACCUGUUUGCCUUGGAAUUAGAACCUUCACAUUGCACAGUCACUCUAUAUUUCUCACCUUGUUUGGGAGCAGAUUCUGAGCCUGAUCACAGGAAAACACCUGUUUUGACAGUCUGCCGGAAAGGCGCAAACAUACAGCAGCCGCUCAGGAAAUGUUGUUUAAGGGGAACCUUCUGGAUCCUUUUCAUGGCACCGUGGCACCAUGGCACGAAGAAGCCGUAUGACCACUAUUGAAGAUAAAGCAUGGAGUUGGCUAAUGGAUGCUGAGCUAGAGCUCCAUGUCCCCCCUCCACUGUGUUUUUGGCUGUCAUAUGGGAUGCUAGAAUGGCCUAUCUCCAUGUAUUUUGUUGCAUUUCGCCAUCGCUUCUUGUGUUCUGUCGGGGGAUUUUUGGUGAUUCUUUUCAAGCGCUACCUGAGCUCUGCGCUAGUUGUUCCCCUCCCCCUAGGGUCUCCUGCUGUGUGGCCCUGUCUCCACUUCCUUGGCCCUGUCCAUCCACAGAGCCUUGGGUCCCCUGAUGGCUGCCUCUAAAACCUUGUGAGGGCCGGAACAUUCCUCCCCCUGCUGCUACAAUUGAGCCCAGUGCUGGGUACCACGUUGCCUUCUACACUUGCUUUCAGUUGUUAAGGCUUCCCAAGCUUUGGCUGUGGCUCAGUGAUCCCGCUGGCAAACCCUGGAGCUUUCCUGGCCUCGACGCUCAGUGGUAGCAGCAGGUGUUGGGAUUUCUCCAAGCCCCUAAGACCCUGGGAGCGAGACAAUGGCCGUUUGACAUAGACCUCAGGAGUUUUCAAAGCACCAAGAGGCCUCUGCAGAAGAUGUGAGAAGGGUCGUUGCUCCAGGGAGAACUGCAAAUAUCUGCACCCACUCCCACAUUUAAAAACACAGUUGGAGAUAAAUGGGCGCAAUAACUUGAUUCAGCAGAAGAACAUGGCCAUGUUGGCCCAGCAAAUGCAACUAGCCAAUGCCAUGAUGCCCGGUGCCCCAUUACAACCCGUGAACUUAAUGCACCAAUCAUUCCAAAAAAGAGGGGGGGAUUGCAUUUCGAGGUGGGAGGGAUCUCCAUAUCACAUCGGCAGUGAUACCAAUUAUCAAUUCUAUACAGUUGAGCCAAUGUUUUCAGUUGCACCCAGCUUAGCCACCAAUGCAUCAGCAGCCUUUAAUCCCUACCUGGGACCUGUCUCCCCAAGCCUGGUUCCAGCAGAGAUCUUGCCGACUGCACCCAUGUUGGUCACAGGGAACCCUGGGGUUCCUGUCCCUGCAGCUGCUGCAGCUGCAGCACAGAAAUUAAUGCGGACAGACAGACUUGAGGUAUGUCGAGAGUACCAGCGUGGCAAUUGCAACCGAGGAGAAAGCGAUUGUCGGUUUGCUCAUCCUGCUGACAGCACAAUGAUUGACACCAAUGACAACACCGUCACCGUGUGUAUGGAUUACAUCAAAGGGAGAUGCUCUCGGGAAAAGUGCAAAUACUUUCAUCCUCCCGCACAUCUGCAAGCCAAGAUCAAGGCUGCCCAAUACCAGGUCAACCAGGCUGCAGCAGCACAGGCUGCAGCCACCGCAGCUGCCAUGACUCAGUCGGCUGUCAAAUCACUGAAGCGACCCCUCGAGGCAACCUUUGACCUGGGAAUUCCUCAAGCUGUACUUCCCCCAUUACCAAAGAGGCCUGCUCUUGAAAAAACCAACGGUGCCACCGCAGUCUUUAACACUGGUAUUUUCCAAUACCAACAGGCUCUAGCCAACAUGCAGUUACAACAGCAUACAGCAUUUCUCCCACCAGGCUCAAUAUUGUGCAUGACACCCGCUACAAGUGUUGUUCCCAUGGUGCACGGUGCUACGCCAGCCACUGUGUCCGCAGCAACAACAUCUGCCACAAGUGUUCCCUUCGCUGCAACAGCCACAGCCAACCAGAUACCCAUAAUAUCUGCCGAACAUCUGACUAGCCACAAGUAUGUUACCCAGAUGUAGAAUUUUCAUCACUAAACAAUCAUACUAAAGAGGAAAGGACAGUGUGCUUGGUUAGAGGAAAGGACGAAGUCAUUAGCCAUAUUGUAUAUACCGUCCAGCAACCCCCACAAAAACCCCUCAGCCACAAGACAUCCACAUAUUGCAUGUUAACCAGAAGAGAAGACAACAUGGAAACCCACUGCACACUGUUGCCUAUACACUUUGUACAUUUAAUUGAUAUUCGUGCUGAGGUGAUAUACCUGUCUAUAAAAGAACAACAUCGUCUUUCUUUUCUAGCACAGAGUUAUGCAUUAAAAGAUGCAUACCUAAUUAGUUUCCUAAUAGAUUCAUGCCAUCUUGAAAAGACAGACUAUGGUGUAACCACGAUUCUCUUAUGUAUUGGUACGUCUGUAGACCAAGGUAUAAUUUUUUAAAAAUAAGUUUAUUUCUUUCAAGGUUUACAAAUAACAAAGGUGCACCUUGUAUUUAAAAUUGCCAUUAGAGGUGAGAGCGUGCAUGCACAGUCAUUUUUGUUUAAGAGUAAUAUUUUUAAUGUAAUAGAUUGUAAGAUGCGGCGAGGGAGGGAUCUGACAGAGAUGAAUGUGCCAAGCAAAACCACAACUGUGUAUCUUUUAAAGCACAUCAUGGCUUUAAGUACCAUGUUGUAAAGGAUUCUCAUGAAGUGCCAUAGACUGUACAUCAAAUUAGAGUAUUAUUUCUUCAGUGUUAUUGUUUUCAGAGCCACCUUUUGUUGCUUAUUUGCUAGUACUAAUCAGUCAAAGGGCACCAUUCUUUUUUUUUUUUUUUUUUUUUUUUUUUUUUUUUUGGGAAACCAAAGCUGUCUCAGAAAUGGCCAAUGUAACCACAGUAACAAUAGAACAGCACAACACAAUUUCUCUCAAUACAGAUAAACUCACACAUACUGGAGAUAUAUAUAAUAGAUUAUAUAUAUAUAUAAUUAUUUUAAUGCAUUGUAGUGUAAUAUUUAUGCAUACUAUACUGUCUAACAUGAUAUUCAAAAGGGAUAUGCCAUUUCUGAGACACGAUAACAAAAAAAAUGUUUGAGGAAAUUAUUUUGCUUCUAUUUAUAGCUCUGUCAAAGUCAAAAGACUAUAAAUGCUUUGCAAAAAUGGUUCCACGUUUGCUUAAAUGCUUCACCACAGUCACGUUGAAAAUAGUGACUCUAAACAAAGAAGAAAGCAGCACUGUCAUCAGAUGCAUGAUAAACCAAAAUAUGAAAACGGGAGGUGUUUCAUUUACCUAGCAAUCGGGUGGGUUACAUACUUGGGGGGAUUUUAUAUGUGAUUUCUUUUGUUUUGUUCAGAUUAACUGCUUAUAGCCUUAGAAAGCCUUUUACAAAAUUAUAAAAAAAAAUAGAUGUGCAUUCAGUUUUUAAGAAUGGAUUCAUCCAAAGGAAUUCCCUUUUUGUGGUUUGGGUGUUGCAGCUAGUAAGGGUAUUUUUGCUCUGGUCAGCAGUUCUGCCAGCUGCUGAAGUAGGGGCCAGGUCACUGGUAGUUAUAGUGUGGAAUGGGAGAGGUGAAAGUUCAGUUGUAGAACUUUCCAUACUUCCAAGUUUACUGCAAGUUUUUAUGCUUGAGAGAGAUGCUUUCUAAUAUAAGACUGAUGUGUUGAUUUUACUGAUUGUACUGUACAUCUAUUAAAGCCUUAGAUUAUUACAUUACGGGUUGGAACCCAUACCAAUGUAAUUUCAAUCGUGUUAAGAGAGUAAUGGUGACUUCACAUGUUAUUGUAGUUAGUUACAUUGUAGAAUAUUACUUAUUUUUCUUGUUAAAAUGUAGUUUUUCAUUUCCUACACUUAUUAGAUUUCAUUUUGUAUUAACAAUUGAAUACCAUUUCAGUUUAUAGACUCUUGUUUUAUUAGAUUUUACUGAUGAAUUUUUCAAAAUACAAAAAAAAACUUUAAAGUAGUUUUUCCUUCAUAACAUACUCAGUUUUGAAUUACAUGUAGUGUCAUAUGAAUAUUCGUAUUAUUGUUAACUAAAUGAUUUAUAUUUUACUGAUUUAAUAUUAAAGUGUAAGAAUGUCAGUCAUUGUUAGUUCUUGUCUAGUUUUCAUUAAAAGAACAAAGAUCUUUUAUAUGGAUAUCUUAUAAAUAUAUAAUCAUUGCUAAGUAAGAAGUUAAGUUGUUGCUAUCGCAACAAUCCUGGCAGACAAUUGAGUAAUAUUUUGAUGAUUUAUUUUGUUUGUAAUUAGUUAUUAUAAGAGGAUCUCUAGAACCUAGAUAUUAGAAUAAAAUUUAUUUUCUACUGUAUCCAUUUCAAAUGUUAAAGUAUUGUUUAAUAUUUUUGAAAUCCCUGAAUAUCAGGCCUUGUUAUAAAUAAGCUGCAUAAUCAAUAAAUAGAACAAGGGACUUUUUGUUGAUAAUCCAAAUACUCAAAGUUUACGUAAUGAGAAUUAAAGCGUGUGUGCAAACUCUUGAGGGUUGAUUAUGCUGCAAUUGAGCAUGUUGGGACGUCUAGAGAGAAGGUUGACUUUUUGCACUUCUGUAUAUAGUCAAAAGAGAGAAACCUGUAUAAUAGUAAGAUCUUAUUUUGAAUAAAAACGUCUAUAAUUACAAGGAGUUUUGUUAAGGCUAAUAAAAUGAGACUGAGCAAAAUUGCUUGCAAAAGUGGCACCGAGUUAGCACUCCGUACCCCUUCAAACAUGUUGCUUUGCUUUUUGUGGACAGCUUGUAGUUUGCCAGGAUUUUUUCAGCUGGAAAGAUAUGCCAUCCUUCCGAGAUCUCAUGACUGACAAAAACUCCACUGGGCCAAAUCUGCCUGAAGACCAUUACCAAAAAUAGCAGGUACUUCAACCAUUAAGGUGAAAUCAUGGAUCAGAUAUUCCUCACAUUUUUCAAAACUACUGCAUGUUUAAAGCUUCAACGACAACAACAACAAAAAGGAGAGACAGAACUAUACUAAGGACGUAUUAUGCUAAUCAGUUUCUGCCAAUUUCAGUGGUUUAUUGUUCACACGCGCACACACAUACACACACACACACCAAUCUUCAAAACAAGUAAUGACUUUCACAAAAUUGAAACUAUAAACAGGCAAACCAAACAGCACAGUGUAGCUCUAGUUGUUCUGUGAUUGUUUUUUAAUUGCUGUAGCAAGCCUGUUCUUUCAGCAGGUGAAAAGAUAAAACACAGUUCAAAGUUCAUGGUUCUAAUUUGCAACUCAGAAGCACUCAAAAGAGCGAAUGUGAUCACGGGCACUUGUUUAAGGAAUCUGUGUAGCCAGCCCCUCGCUCCAGCUGGCUCCCGCGUUGCACUUACCGGCAACCCCACCCCUUUCAUCUGCUGACAGGACAGAUGUGCUUGGUUUUACUCUUAUGUAAUCACAACUUACUUUCUGCUUGUAGUUGCUUACAAUUAUGUAUUUUGUCUUGGGCUGCGAUUUGUUUUACGCUUAUUUUAUUAUUACCGCAGUAGUUGACUUUGCUGUAUGGAAAAAUAAAGUGAAAUUGCCCUAAUAAAACUUCUCUUUCUUAAGUA